AUGGCACAGACACACUUAUCGGCAAUGAUUGGCCCUUCUAUACUGAAUUCCGAUUUGUCUGUAUUAGCUAAUGAAGCUAAGAAACUUGUAGAAUGUGGAGCGGACUAUUUACAUCUUGAUGUCAUGGAUGGUCAUUUCGUACCCAAUUUGACUUUUGGUCAUCCAGUUGUAGAAUGCCUGAGAUCGAAAGUCGAAAGUUUCUUUGAUGUCCAUAUGAUGGUUGCUAAUCCAGAAAAGUGGGUUAAACCCAUGGCUGAUGCUGGUGUUCAGCAAUAUACCUUUCAUAUUGAAGCUACAGAUAAUCCUCUAGAACUUAUUGAUUCUAUCAAAAAAACUGGAAUGAAGGUUGGAAUCGCUAUCAAACCUAAGACUCCUGUUGAAACGAUUUUGCCCUAUAUUGAUCACGCUAAUAUGAUCCUUGUUAUGACUGUUGAGCCCGGAUUCGGUGGUCAGAAAUUUAUGAGUGACAUGAUGUCAAAGGUAGCUUUCCUAAGGUCUAAGUUUAAAACUUUAAAUAUUGGUGUUGAUGGCGGCGUCUCCCCUUCCAAUAUAGAUCAAUCCGCUAAGGCUGGCGCAAAUAUGAUAGUAUCGGGAAGUGCUAUCAUAAAAAGUCAGGAUCCAAGAGGAGUAAUUUCUACAUUGAAAAGCGUUGUUGAGCAAUACAUGCAUCAAGCUCCAUUAUAA